UGUUGACCUGAUAUAAACAUGUGAUUGUUAAGUUUAUCAAAGAUCAUCGACAUCAAGAUCAUUCGAAGAACUGGGCUUCCAUCAUGAAGUUCUUGAUCUUGUUUGCUGUUUUGGGAGUUGCUUUGAGCUCUGAGAGCCGCAAAACUUACAAUGGGUACCAAGUGUUCCAAACCGAGGUUUUGGAUAAAAGUGGAGCCACCGCUUUGCAAAAACUGGCGGUAGAGAAUGACCACUUCGACUUUUGGAGCGGCAUUCCCUCCACCGGCACCAAGGCUGAGCUUAUGGCUUCACCGGAAGAUAUUGAUGCUCUCCGUGAGUUCUUCACUGCUCGAAACAUUGGUUUCAAAUUGAAGGUCCCAGAUGUUCAAAAUUUCAUUGAUGAGGCCUCCAAAACCAAUUCCAAGAAAGAACACAAUCCCGAGUCCAGAUAUCAAUUGGAUUGGGAAGAUUACUAUCAAUUCGACGUGAUCACUGACUUUAUCGAGGAGCUAGCUCAAACCUACGACUAUGUGAGCACCCAGUCCAUUGGCAAGAGCUUCGAAGGUCGCGAUACCAAGAUUUUGUCCAUCACCAAAGCCGCUCCUGGAGCUCCAAUUAUUUGGCUCGAGACCGGAAUGCACGCUCGGGAAUGGAUUGGACCUGCUGUGGUCACCUAUGCUAUCCGAGAGCUCUUGGAAAAUAGUGAAAAUCAGAAAUACAUUGACAACUUGAACUUCCACAUUCUCCCUGUGGCCAAUCCCGAUGGCUACGAAUACACCUUCAAUGGUGACCGGCUUUGGCGAAAGACUCGUUCCGAGACUGGGUCAGGCUUGGGUUGCAAGGGAGUGGAUCCUAACCGUAACUUUGGCUAUCAUUUUGGAGAGAGUGGUGUGAGUUCAUCCAAGUGCUCUGACGUUUAUAACGGCCCAGAACCCUUCAGUGAGCCUGAGACUGCCAAUAUUAGAGACUUCCUUGAGACUUUGGACUCCAUUCCUGAAGUUGCCUUCGCAUUUCACAGUGCCGCCGAGAUUUUGCUUUACCCAUACGGUUAUGAUUAUGAUGUCUUUCCCGAGAAUAUUGACGAGAUUGUUGCCCUUGGUGAUGAAUUUGUGGAUACUUUGAACGCUGUGAACGGAAUGACAUUUGAAAAUAUUCCAAGCACCGACUUAUAUCCCUGCGCUGGAACCAGUCACGAUUGGUACAAGGGAGUUUUGGGAUCUCGAUUUGCUUACACUUUGGAAUUGAGAGAUCAAGGAUAUGGAUUCGUGCUGCCCCCACAACAGAUUGUUCCCUCUGGAGAAGAAACUUGGGCUGCCAUCAAAGUCCUCUUGGACAAAGUCUUGGAAUAAAGAUAAAUUGACAGGAGAAAAAGCCUGAAUGUUAUUCGAUUUCUAGAAAUUAAUUUCAAAGGAAAAUAAAGCAUAUUGGAUCAAAA